AAUAAAAUAUAAUCGCGUUUGUUCUGUCUUCCACCCUAUUCCCUCCACAUCUCCAUUAAUGUCUUUUCUUUAGUUGGUAGCAUGACACUAACUUUAUUUGGAUUUGAAUAUAAAAGACACUCUUGUGUUGUUCGUCCAGCUAAUAAAAGUAUUUUUCUUUUAGAAAAAAAAAAGAAGAAGAGUUAAUGCAGGUAUAACUUUGCAACUACCCUACUCACCACCCUUGCCUUGGCUGCCACAAGACUUUGGGAGAGAGCUACUCUACUCCCACUCUGAUCAAAGAUGGCCGUUGUUCUUGAUGCCUUCAUCUCCGGGCUGCUCGGUACGUUGAAGGACAUGGCUAAAGAGAAGUUGGACUUGCUGUUGGGCGUCCCCGGGGAGAUCCAAAAGCUCCGACGCUCUCUCCGCAACAUCCACUCUGUCCUUCGCGACGCCGAGAAGCAGCGGAUCGAGAACGAGGGCGUCAACGACUGGCUGAUGGACCUCAAGGACUUCAUGUACGACGCCGACGACCUCCUCGACGAGUGCCGGAUGGAGGCCCAGAAGUGGACUCCUCGUGAGUCCGAUCCGAAGCCGUCCACCUCGUGCGGAUUUCCCUUCUUUGCUUGCUUUCGCGAGGUCAAGUUCAGACAUGAGGUGGGCGUCAAAAUCAAGGAUCUCAACGAUCGGCUGGAAGAGAUCUCGGCCGGAAGGUCCAAGCUGCAACUCCAUGUGUCUGCGGCCGAACCAAGGGUGGUUCCUCGAGUUAGUCGCAUAACUUCCCCCGUGAUGGAGUCUGACAUGGUUGGCGAGCGGCUGGAGGAGGACUCCAAGGCACUGGUGGAGCAGCUGACAAAGCAAGAUCCGAGUAAGAACGUGGUGGUGCUGGCAAUUGUGGGGAUCGGUGGCAUCGGAAAGACCACCCUCGCUCAGAAGGUGUUCAAUGAUGGUAAAAUCAAAGCCAGCUUCCGCACCACCAUCUGGGUGUGCGUGUCCCAAGAGUUCAGCGAGACGGAUCUUCUCAGAAAUAUCGUUAAAGGUGCUGGUGGAAGCCAUGGUGGAGAACAGAGCAGGAGUCUGCUGGAGCCCUUGGUGGAGGGUCUCCUGAGAGGGAACAAGUUCUUGCUGGUGUUGGAUGAUGUUUGGGAUGCUCAGAUCUGGGACGACUUGCUCCGCAAUCCUUUGCAUGGAGGAGCAGCAGGCAGCAGGGUGCUGGUGACCACCAGAAACGCAGGGAUCGCGAGGCAGAUGAAGGCGGCCCACGUCCACGAGAUGAAGCUGCUGCCUCCGGAGGAUGGCUGGUCGCUCCUGUGCAAGAAGGCGACGAUGAAUGCAGAGGAGGAAAGGGAUGCCCAAGAUCUCAAGGACACAGGCAUGAAGAUUGUUGAGAAAUGCGGAGGGCUUCCCCUGGCCAUCAAGACCAUCGGAGGGGUCCUCCGCGACAGAGGACUCAACAGAAGUGCGUGGGAGGAAGUUCUCCGCAGCGCCGCAUGGUCACGGACCGGGCUUCCCGAAGGUGUGCAUGGAGCACUGUAUCUGAGCUACCAAGACCUGCCGUCCCAUCUCAAGCAAUGUUUUCUCCACUGUGCGUUGUUCAAAGAAGACUAUGUGUUUCGCAGGUCUGACGUCGUCAGAUUAUGGAUAGCCGAGGGGUUUGUCGAAGCACGAGGAGAUGCCAACUUGGAGGAAACAGGGGAGCAAUAUUACAGAGAGCUGCUUCAUAGGAGCCUUCUACAAUCGGUGCAACUUUACAAUCUGGACUACAAUGAGCGUUCCAAGAUGCAUGACCUGCUGCGAUCGCUCGGCCAUUUCCUAUCGAGAGAUGAGAGCUUGUUCAUUAGGGACGUGCAAAAUGAGUGGAGAAGUGCUGUCGCCCAGAUGAAGCUGCGUCGGUUGUCGAUUGGGGCCACUGAAACCACGGACAUCCAGCAUAUCGUCAGUUUGACCAAGCAACAUGAGUCGGUGAGGACAUUGUUGGUGGAGGGAACACGUCCAUUGUUCGAGGGAACACGUAACAAUAUGAAUGAUAUAGAUGAUUGCUUGAAGAACCUCGUGCGACUUCGAGUCCUGCACAUUAUGCACAUAAAUAUCAAGAGCAUAUCGCGCAACAUCGGAAAUUUGAUACACUUGAGAUACUUGAAUAUGACUUAUUCCGAUGUAACGGAGCUUCCAGAAAGCAUAUGCAAUCUGACGAAUUUGCAGUUUUUGAUCCUCAGAGGAUGUACUCAGUUGACACAGAUCCCCCAGGGUAUGGCUAGACUAUUCAAUCUAAGGACACUCGAUUGUACAUAUACACAGCUGAAGAGCUUACCAUGUGGAAUAGGAAGGUUGAAGCACCUCAAUGAACUCGAAGGAUUCGUGAUGAACAUGGCUAAUGGUACGUGCCCAUUGGAAGAAUUAGGCAGCCUCCAAGAGCUUAGAUACCUUUCCAUUUGCAACUUGGAGAGAGCGUGCAUGGAAGCUGAACCGGAAAGAGAAACGAGCGUCUUAAAAGGUAAACAAAAACUGAAGAAUCUGCGCUUAGAAUGCCAUGACAGACCGACAUCCGAUGGUCACACGGGGGAACAGAUUGAAAGAAUGGAGAAGGUGUUGGAUGUGGCACUUCAUCCACCAUCAUCUGUUGUUACGCUCGGGUUAGUGAAUCUCUUCGGCCUCCGGUACCCCAGCUGGAUGGCGUCUGCAAGCAUCAGUUCGCUUCUUCCAAACAUAAGCCGCUUGGAACUAAUUAACUGCGAUCAUUGGCCACUGCUUCCACCGCUAGGGAAGCUCCCCAGUUUGGAGUUUCUUUUCAUACGAGGUGCAGGUGCAGUGACCACCAUCGGACCGGAAUUUUUUGGGUGUGAAGCUGCUGCUACUGGUCAUGAACGGGAACGGAAUUCAAAGCGCCCUUCUUCUUCUUCUACUUCUCCUCCUUCGUUGUUUCCGAAACUAAGGCAGCUGGAACUCUGGAGUAUGACUAACAUGGAAGUGUGGGAUUGGGUAGCGGAAGGUUUUGCUAUGCGUCGCCUCAAAAAAUUGGUCCUCGUAAAUUGCCCAAAGUUGAAGUCUCUACCGGAAGGCCUGAUCCGACAGGCAACCUGCUUAACCACAUUGGAUCUGGCCAAUGUGUGUGCUCUCAAGUCCAUCAGAGGUUUCCCUUCUGUGAAACAACUGAGUAUACGUGGUAUAUCAGAUCUGGAGAUUGUUACUGAUCUCCCUGCACUGGAGGUAUUGGAGUUGGGCAUGGGUUUAGUUCCAUACAAUCAUUUACCAGAGUGGUUGGCGGAUUGCCCUGCAUGCUUCACUUUGCUCCAGAGGCUGGACGUAUGGGGAACCACCCAACUACUCCGCAGAUGCCUCCAAAAUGGCCCAGACUGGCCCAUGAUCAGACACUUUCCAAUUUUUUCCAUGAAAGAUGACCGAGGCAAUUAUAUAAACUACAUCAAGCAUUCCUGCACCUUCGAGACAAAUGUAGUCGAUGCUGAUGCUGCUUUUGCUGCCGCUGAAGAAGAAGAAGAAGAAGAAGAAGAAGAAGAAGAAGAAGAAGAAGAAGAAAGACAUCAAUGAGCUUUGAGCAGGUGGUUAAAGCUUAACUUGAAUGUUUGACAAGCGGUCACUUAGCAAUGAGCCUUUGAAAAGCUUCUCUCAAAGGAAUAGACCUCUUCAUGGAUCCAUAGCAAGUGUUCACCUAUAUAGUAUCUGUUAAUGUUUGUCAGAAGCCAUGGCUGAGUUCACAGCAAGGUUUCCCUGAAUCAAGACAAGACACAAAGGCCUGUGUUGGUCUGCUACCAAGAUAGAUAUAGCUUGUCAAGUGUGGGCUUUUCUUGGUGACAAAGUAGGCAUUUGCACCAACCAUGUGAUGAUGACAAUGCUUGCUUGGCAUUUUGCAGGCACUACACUGCCAGCUGCUGUUGGUGGAUCACACACUGUGCUACAUGAACAGAUAUCAGCAAAAUAAAAGAAAGCAGUGUGAAGUAGCCUGUUGCUGUAGAUGGGAUCACAUAUUGUGCUGCAAGAACAGAGAUGAGGGAAAAAAAAAAAUCCAUAUCAGAAAACAGUGAAGUGCUCAGGCCUAUAUGAUCACUGCAGCAUAUUGCUGAACAUUUGGGUUAUUCCAAGAAGAAAAAGAAAAGAACCCUUUUUUACUUCCAUGAUGUAAAGUGAGUUAUCAACAGUAAAAGAAUGCAGGAAAAGUUAAAUAUCA